AUGGAAGUAUCUCAUGAUGACGACAGUGGAUCUUAUACAGUAACUGGUGAUUCUUCUGAUGACACUGUGAUAAUAACACCAACAGGUGUCACUGAUGGCAAUGGAACAUUGAUCGGUCUUCCUAUUGGAGAAGAAACAACAGUUGGGGAUAUCACAGUCAAUCAUCCUUCUGAUGAUACAUAUGUGAUCACUGAUGCCAAUGGAACCUCAGUAACUGUUACUGUUGAAGUACCAACUACAACUGGUGUCUUAGAUGGAGAUGGAAACCAAAUUGACUUGACACCAGGAACUAAUACAACAGUAGGUGAUAUGAGUGUCUCUCAAGAUGGUAAGAAUACCUUUACUAUCCAUGAUGAAUCUUCUAACACAACAGUGGUAAUUGAUGGAACGAGUGUCACUGAUGGAGAUGGUAAUGAAAUUGACAUCACAACUGGUGAAAACAAAACAAUUGGUGAUGUCACAAUUAACCGUGUCCAUGAUGAUACAUUAGUUAUUACUGAUGGAACUUCAGGAGAUGAGAUUGCUGUUACUGUUGUAGAGGAAACUGGUGUUACUGAUCAAGAUGGCAAUACUGUUGAAACCACAUCACAAGAGACUGGAACAGUUGGUGAUAUGACCAUCACUCAAGACAGCACUACUGGUUCUAUUGAAGUGACAGAUAGUUCUUCUGGAGCUUCUGUGACAGUCACGGGAACAGGUGUAACAGAUAGUGAUGGUAACAUCAUUAACCUGUCACCAGGACAGAACAUUACUGUUGGAGAUGUAACAAUCACUCAAGUGGAUGAAGAUUCAUUUACUGUGUAUGAUGCUUCAACAAAUGAAACAAUAACUGUUACAGUGCCUAUUACAACUGGUGUCACAGAUGCAUCUGGCAAUGAGUUAGAUGCAACAUCAGAGGAGGGUGUGACAGUUGGUGAUCUCACCAUUUCACAAGAAGAUCAAGAUGGAACAUCAUUCUCAGUUACUGUUGGAUCUUCAGAUACCACGGUAACUGUUAAUGCUACUGGUGUUACUGAUGGAGAUGGCAAUGUGAUUGAUGUCCCAGCAGGUGACAGCACAACCAUUGACGAUGUGACAGUUACUCGUGUUGAUGGUGAUACAUUUGUUAUAAGUAGCAAUACUUCAGAAGAUGAAGUAACAGUCACAGUUCCAACACCUGACACACCAAGUGUAACUGACCAGGAUGGUAAUGAGAUUGAUCUUACAUCAGGGGAAAAUAUAACUGUUGGUGAUCUGACUGUGUCACAAGACAAUGAUGACACAGUUUCUGUGACCUGAUGGCUCAUCUGGUAAUACUAUAUCUGUAACUGGCAAUGGUA